UGUCGGACUCCCCGAGGAAUCGGGUCCGCCAUCAGGGCGAGGGUAGCGGGGGGGCCCUGGGCCUGAAUCACCCAUUUCCUCCGCUCUGGAUUGGAGGAGGGAGCGCCCCUCCUCUGACCCCGUCCUGGUCUGGGAGGAUAAAUGGGGAGGGGAGAACGGGCUGGGCAAUGGCACCAGGGACCAGCCAAGAUGCUGAAUCUGCUGCUGCUGGCGCUGCCCCUCCUGCUGAGCCUUGUCCACGCGGCCCCUGCCCCAGGCCAGGCCCUGGAGCGAGUGGGCAUCGUUGGGGGGCAGGUGGCCCCUGAGAGCCAGUGGCCGUGGCAGGUGAGCCUGAGAAAGAGAGAUCAGUUCUGGAUACACGUCUGUGGGGGCUCCCUCAUCCACCCCCAGUGGGUGCUGACCGCCGCACACUGCGUUGGACCGGAAGUUAAAGAUCCCGGAGACCUGAGGGUGCAGCUGCGGGAGCAGCACCUCUAUUACCACGACGAGCUGCUGCCCGUCAGCCGGAUCCUUCCGCACCCCAAAUACUACACAUCUAAGACUGGGGCAGACAUCGCCCUGCUGGAGCUCGUGGACCCCGUGGACAUCUCCCGCCACGUCCACACAAUCGCUCUGCCCCCUGCCUCGGAGACCUUCCCCUCAGGAACCCGGUGCUGGGUGACAGGCUGGGGUGAUAUGUUUCAGGGAGUUACUCUCCCACCACCAUACCCCCUAAAUCAAGUGGAGAUCCCCAUCGUGGAAAACAGCUAUUGUGACAUGGAAUACCACACUAACGUGUACACAGGGGACAAGGUCCGGAUUGUCCAGGAUGAUAUGAUAUGUGCCGGGAUUGAGAACCGUGGCUUCUGCCAGGGCGACUCUGGAGGACCCCUGGUUUGCAAGAUCAACUGCACCUGGCUGCAGGCGGGCGUGGUCAGCUGGAGCGAGGGCUGUGCCCAACCCAACAGACCCGGUGUCUACACCCGUGUCACCUACUACCUGGACUGGAUCCGUCAGUAUGUCCCCGAGGAGCCCUGAGCCUAACCCUGGGCUGCCACCUGGGUCUGCGGAGAAGCCAGCCCCCUCCUGUCCCCACACCACUGCUUCCUGCCCACGUGGUGACCUUCUCUCACCUUCCCUGUCCCCAGCCCUGAGCCCUGCCGUUCCAGUGCAGACACUGACCGUCAUUAAAGA